GUCACUGCGUUUUCUUAGAUGGCUGAGGGCGAUAAGAAGAAGAAGAAGGCUCAUAAGCAUGGCAGCCGUAACCCUGUCCUGGUUCGGGGCAUCGGACGGUAUUCCCGCUCGGCCAUGUACGCUCGCCGGGCCAUGUACAAGAGGAAGACUACAGCUCCUGUGACCAAGGUUGAGAAGAAGAUAAAGGAAAGGGCUCCCACCAAAGUCAUCAAAACUGUUGGCGGAGACAAGAACGGAGGCACCCGUGCGGUCAAACUGCGCAAACUGCCGCGUUACUAUCCCACAGAAGACGUGCCCCGUAAGCUGCGGAGUCACGGCAUCAAGCCCUUCUCUCAGCACCGCAGGAAACUACGCAAGUCCAUCACCCCCGGGACUGUCCUGAUCCUGCUGACCGGUCGCCACCGCGGGAAGCGCGUGGUCUUCCUCAAGCAGCUGGGCACAGGUCUCCUCCUCGUCACUGGUCCUCUGGCUCUGAACCGAGUGCCUCUGCGGAGAGCUCACCAGAAGUUCUGCAUCGCCACAACCACCAAAGUGGACAUCUCUAGCGUGAAGAUCCCCAAAACACUGACCGACACUUACUUCAAGAAGAAGAAGCUGAGGAGACCCAAGCACCAGGAGGGGGAGAUCUUCGACACGGAGAAGGAGAAGUACCAGUUGACGGAGCAGCGGAAGGCCGACCAGAAAGCGGUGGAUUCUCAGCUGCUUCCUCUGAUCAAGAAGGUUCCCGAGCUCAAAGGAUACCUGCGCUCCACGUUCUGCCUGUCAAACGGAGUCUAUCCACACAAACUGGUUUUCUAAAGUGUGAAUAAAAUCUGUGGCAACCCA